GCGAUGGGGGGGGCAUACCGAGACGUCAUCUUGCUGCGCAGAACAAGCGGUUGUUGACAGGCCGCAGAGGUGGCCGUAGGCGAGCUUCAAGGAACCUAUCAUGCCUGACCGGGCAAGCUGUCCUGGGCCGAGGCCUUUGGGCUGGGGAUGAAAGAAACGGAUCAGAUGCAGAGUUUGGAGGGUUCCGGGGCCGAGAGGUCAGUCGGCACGCAGACGGGCAGCAUGACGGGUCAAAUACCAAGGCUUUCUAAAGUGAACCUUUUCACCCUGCUCAGUCUCUGGAUGGAGCUCUUCCCAGGAGUGGAAGCCCAAGGGCAAAAAUCUCAGAAAACUGAAGAGGAAAGCCGUGGUCCCUUAGGAGACAAUGAAGAGUUGACCAGAGUGUCUACUGAAAAAAAACAGGUGAAGAAAACUGGUCUUGUGGUGGUGAAAAACAUGAAGAUCAUUGGUCUUCACUGCUCCAGUGAAGACUUACAUACUGGGCAAAUUGCUCUCAUUAAGCAUGGGUCCAGGCUGAAAAACUGUGAUCUUUAUUUUUCAAGAAAACCAUGUUCUGCUUGUUUGAAAAUGAUAGUGAAUGCUGGAGUUAACCGAAUUUCUUACUGGCCUUCUGACCCAGAAAUAAGUUUGCUCACUGAAGCUUCUAGUUCUGAAGAUGCAAAGCUAGAUGCCAAAGCCGCAGAAAGAUUGAAGUCAAACAGCCGGGCCCAUGUGUGUGUCUUACUCCAGCCGUUGGUGUGUUACAUGGUGCAGUUUGUGGAGGAAACCUCUUACAAAUGUGACUUUAUUCAGAAAACUGCAAAAGCGUUGCCGGGUGCUGACACUGAUUUUUAUUCUGAAUGUAAACAAGAAAGAAUAAAAGAGUAUGAAAUGUUAUUUUUGGUUUCAAAUGAAGAAAGGCAUAAGCAGAUACUGAUGACUAUAGGUCUGGAGAGCCUGUGUGAAGACCCCUAUUUUAGCAAUCUAAGGCAAAACAUGAAAGACCUGAUUCUACUUUUGGCCACAGUAGCUUCUAGUGUGCCCAACUUGAAACACUUCGGAUUCUACUGUAGCAGCCCAGAGCAGAUUAAUGAAAUUCACAAUCAGAGUUUGCCACAGGAAGUUGCAAGGCAUUGCAUGGUGCAGGCCAGGUUAUUGGCAUAUCGAACUGAGGAUCAUAAAACAGGAGUUGGAGCUGUCAUUUGGGCAGAAGCGAAAUCUAGAAGCUGCGAUGGGACUGGAGCCAUGUACUUCAUAGGGUGCGGGUACAAUGCCUUUCCCGUGGGCUCUGAGUAUGCCGACUUCCCGCACAUGGAUGACAAGCAUAAGGACAGAGAAAUACGGAAGUUCAGAUACAUCAUACAUGCGGAGCAGAACGCUUUGACAUUUAGAUGUCAAGAUAUAAAACCAGAAGAACGCAGCAUGAUUUUUGUGACAAAAUGCCCCUGUGAUGAAUGUGUGCCUUUAAUUAAAGGUGCAGGCAUAAAGCAGAUCUAUGCUGGUGACGUAGAUGUUGGAAAGAAGAAAGCAGACAUCUCGUACAUGAAGUUUGGGGAGCUUGAGGGUGUUCGCAAAUUCACAAGCUGGGCAAGGAAUAAAGGAAUAAGACAAGAGGAUUGCCAAGGAUUGCUGGCUACCAGCCUGGCUGAAAGACUAAGAACUUCCAGUUCAGUGAGAGACUCUGUCUCAAGGCAAUGAGGUGAAGAGCAAUAGAAGAUGCUUGUCAUCUCCUCUGGCCACUACAGGGUGCACACACACCACCACCACCACCACCACCACCACCACCAACAACAACAACAGCAACUCAACACAGACAUCUGCUCGCUCAAAAAGAUUUUUGCAACAACCAUGGCACCCUCAUGAAGCUCAUUAACAAAGCUAAGAUAGCCACUGUGAGCUUGGACACCUAGAAGUCUCCUCCAGACCAAGUCAAGAAGGCCAUGAAAGUGGCCACAUUGACUGCAUAUGCUUAUUAUAACAAGAAUAAAGAAGAAGCCAAGCCAUCCGAGGUCAUACCAAAGAGAAGUGAGGUGACCUUUUCAUUGUCAGCAAGUUGUGGUCUACCUGCAUUGAGAAAACUGCAGAAGAAGCCUUUCAGAAGACCCACUGGGUCUGAAACUGAACUGUUUGCACCUCUGUCUUACUCAGUGGCCACAGGAAAGACGUUAUUCUCACAAAAAUCAUUAAGUCAGUAUUAUCACAGUUAAAUUAGCCUUCUUGGAUGCAUAGGAGGUCAGGGAGGAACUGGUGGAUAAAGAGUUGGUGAAAGCCCUGGCCAUCUCCAGCUUCGACAGCUUCCAGAUUGAAAGGUUCCUGAACUGAAACAAACCAAUGGCCAUGCAGGCUGACUGCCCUGUAUCUCAGCCUGGACAGUGCAAUCUACUGCUGACACUCCAAGAUCAUCAGCAUCACAUCCCAUAGCCCUGGGUUCUCUAGACAGGCCUUGGACCAAGCCAGAGGACCAUUAAGUAUUAGAGGAUUACAAGAUCAAAGAGACCACUACAAAACAUAAGAAAACCUCAGCCCAGGUUCUGAUUUGGUUUCAUAUCCAGGGGAAUGUGGUAGUGAUUCCCAAGCCUGGGACACCAGCACACAUACUUGGGAACUUUAACUUCCAGUUGAGUGAUGGGGAGAUAGAUAGCCACCAUCCUUAGCUCCAAUAGGAGCCAGAGGGCCUGCCUGCUGCCUGAGACAGUCCAUACAGGAGAAUGUCCCUACGGCACAGAGAUCAUCUGAAGAGACUGCCUGGUGGAUUCCCUCUUCGCUAACAGGCACCACAUCCCUCACGCCUCUCCCAUCCUUAGCCAGUCCUGUGUGACAUCAUGCUGUGGCAAACUUGCUGUAGGACAAAAUCCAGGUGAUGCUGAAUUAAAUUCUCAUGCUGAGGGGGCUGGUGAGAUGACUCAGUGGUUAAGAGCACUGUUCUUCUAAAGGUCCUGAAUUCAAAUCCCAGCAACCACCUUCCGGUUGACGCCAGCUCCAGGCCACCUUGGCAGAGAACUUGGCUGACAGUCCCAUGGUCCCAGAGGACUCUCCAUCCCCCAGGUGCCCUAGCACGCCUAGGAUCUUGGGAUCACUGGUGAGUGGAACACAACAUCUGUUUCAACACAACUGGGAGUGCCUGGGGCCAGCAGGAACAGGGACACAGGAGCCCCGCCUGACCAGCGGCUCGAGCUCCUUCUGGUUGGCUCUGGUCUACCUUGGUUUCAAACACAGCGGACAGCCCCAUAGUCCCUAGAGGAGGUGCCACUUUCAGGUGCUCUAACACGCCCAGGAUCUUAGGAUUCCAGGAUCUUAGGAUUCCAGGAUCCCAGGAGCUUGGUCAUACCAGGAUCUUAGAGUCUCAGAGGAAGUUUAACUGCCAAGAACUCUGACACACCCAGAAUCUCAGGAUCACGGGAUUCUGGAAUCAUAGGAUCACAGAGAAAGCUGGACUCUGAGGAGUUCUGACUCAACCGGGAUUACAGGAAGGACAGGCACCAAUCAGAUAUAUUGAGGGCAGUGAGCACUUGAGAUAAUCAGAUGGCAGGAGGCAAGUGUAAGAACAGAAGCAACAGAAACCAAGGUUACUUGGCAUCACCAGAACCCAGUUCUCCCACCAUAGCAAGUCCUGGAUACACCAUCACACCAGAAAAGCAAGAUAUGGAUCUAAAGUCAUUUCUCUUGAUGAUGAUGAUGAUGAUGAUGAUGAUGGAGGACUAUAAGAAGGAAAUAAAUAACUCCCUUAAAGAAAUACAGGAGAACACAUCCAAACAGGUGAAAGAAUUGAACAAAACCAUCCAAGAUCUAAAAAUGGAAGUAGAAACAAUAAAGAAAUCAAAUACCAACAACUACAUGGAGGCUCACAACCAUCUGUCACGGGAUCCGAUGCCCUCUUCUGGAGUGUCUGAAGACAGCUACAGUGUACACACAUAUAAUAAAUAAAUGCUGAGCCAUGGGAAGACUGUGCAGGGAAGUGUGACUCAGAGGCAUUGCCUGUACUCAUAUGAUCCGACCAAAUGUUUGUCAAACACCAGGAACUCAGCCAGCACUGGGGACAUAAGAUGAGAAAAAUAACAAUAGUAACAGACGUUAAAAACAAAAUUAAAAAAACACCUCAGUGGGUCCUGGAGGUAGAUGGUUCCUGGUUUGUUAUGGGCAUGCAGAAUCUUAUCCGUCUCUGCCUUAUGUCACUGUGACCUGGGGGAAGUUACUUAGUUCUUUAGUUCUUCAGUUCUCGCGUUUAGCACCUAUAAAAUGAGUACAAAGGACGGUUAGAGCCCCUUCUCUGAGGGUUUUGAUUCUGAUUCUGAUUCAAGUGAUCUGAUUGAUCUGAUUGAGGGUCAUUCAAGGUCAGUGCCUCAGGAGGCAUGCACACGUGGGCUUCUAAAAGCUAUUUUGAUAAUGAAAAGCAAGGUACUGAUGUGCUGUUUAUUAACUCAUUUUAAACAUAUGAAUAAAAUAUCUGUACCUCCUACAGUGGCAGUUGAAUCCGUCUGAAGCUUAUAGUCUUGACCCAAAUGAGCCUGAAAGGAGAGAAAGUAAGUAUUUCUAAGCAUUCUGUCGAGGUGGUGAUGCUAAGGAGUGGUAGAUAGUGAGUUCUUAAGAUCUGAUGAUGAACCUACGUGUGGGUAAAUGCAGGAUUGUCAUUUCUAAAGAUUACAUUCACUUAUCCAACUUGUUCAUACAUGUGUGUUACGUGAGAAGCCGUGUGAAGUGCUGCUUGCCAAUUACUCCAGGAAUGUAAAUGACUGCAUGCAGAUUGAAUCUAUGAAUUGCAUUUGUUUGGAACGGCGAGCAACAGCAUCUCCUACAUUCAUGCAAAGGCUUCUUGGGAGUGAGAGAGGGGAGCUGUGAGUAUUUAGCACAGAUUGUGAAGACCGAGCAAUGAGGCCAUCUGUGUUGUUCCAGAGUAAAGACACAGUGGCCCAGGUUGCUGGGAGAAUGGAAAGAUCCUGUUUACGUUAAUACCUUAGUGAAGCAAAACUUACCUCAAGUGAGUCACUAGUCUUCACCUUUAUUAUUUGCAUAUUAAGUAAAACCAUAUUGGAUAUAAUAUAUCAUGAGAGUUUUUACAAUUCUGUAAGUAAAGAUCAUUGAACGUGAUGCUAUGCAGAUUUGUUUUAAAACAGUAGCUUGAUUGUGAUUGUCUGGGUUCUAAGUAACCGCAAUCUCCUGUAUAUUUUCUUAAAGCAGCAGUGACUUGGUAAUCUUUAAAAACCCAGAAAUACAAAGGUUUCUAUGAAAACAUGGAUGUCUUAUCAUUUACAGUCUGGAAAAAUACAUAAUAACUACAUUUUCCUUUUAAAUUUGUAUUAAGAAAUUAAGGAAAUAAAAAAUGUGACCCUGAUCAAAGGUGUUUGAGGGCCAGUGUGAGUGUCCUGUAGUUAGGGAGAGAGUGUACCAUGCUAACUGUAGAAAGACACAUUCCUUUGUCUGUUGAAAUUAAGAGCAUCUGUCCAUCAAAAGAUCCCACUAAGAGGGUGUAAAGGCAAGCCACGGAACAGAAGACACGUGCCACUUAAGAUCAACCAAGGGCCUGGGUCCGGUAUCUCAGGAGGAGGAAGACAUGCCUGCGGGUGAAUGGAGAAUGGAGUCGAGGACAAGGAAGGCGGCGGGGGUGUCAGGCAGUGUCUCAGCCACCCAGUCAAGUGUGCGCUUCUUGGUGACAGUUUGUUAAGCCUAGCUUAUGUUUUGAUGCACUUUUUAAACAAGAAUUUUAUAUCAAUAAAUAAUAUGGUUAUCUCCUUUUCAAUUAUGGAACAGCUUCAUAGUGUAUAAUUUACUUACUGUGAAGAGCUCACUGGCCUCUGUACAUUCAGAGCUGUGUCCCCUCCAGCAUAGUGUAAGGUCAGCAUGUCUCAUUACAGUAUAAAGAGACAUGCUACUCAUUGUACUCCCCUGUCCUUCCCACCCAGCCCGCGUCAACACAGCAGCUCUAUGGAUUUCUCUCCCCUGGCCAUCAUACACAGGACUCAGAUGCUGUGUGGGUCCCUUUUACACUUCACAUCUGUUUAAAAUAUCAAAACAAACAAACAAACAAACAAAAAACAGACCAAAACAAAACAAACAAACAAAAAACAGGAGAGUCGGAGAAAUGGAAGCCAAACUUCAGCUUUUUUGCUAGGCAGAGGCUUGACUCCUGGCCAUAUCCAGCUGUCUGGCUGUCAGCGAGGAAUGGAGACGUGUUGCCUCAUGCAAUCUCAGUGACAGAGGCAGUGACACACAGAAGGGAGGUGGUACUGAGUGACUGUCCCAAGUAUCCUAUGCUGUAAAAACAGAGCCCAGAUAAGGCAUUCUUUUUAAAUAGACACAAAACUUUCAAGAUGAUAAAGGCAAUGUUCAGAGACCCAUAUUCCCCUCAACAAAUAGAGGUAAGAGGAAUGUGUUGCUAGAAUCUGGCUUGCAAAGUAAGCAAACACUAAAGUCAGAGGUGCCCCAGGACAGCUGUUCAUGCUGCCGUAAGCCAGCCUGGGGUCAGCUACUCAAGCCCAGGGCGUGGGGGGAUCUGCUGAAAAGUGGUGAACUAAGGCUGAGGCUGCCCUGGGGCUUCCAGGCUCCUCCUCAGGUUCCAGUGGCCCCUCAGUGGAAGCAAAUGCAGGCUUCUCAAAGAAGGUCGCUCAUCAGCUUAGACCCACAGGAUGUAGGAUGUGACUUCAUAACUGAGACACGAACAAGCAUGGAGGGCACUCGGCAUGAGUGGAGUGGGCAGCAGCAAGCUAGCACACGGUUAGCCAGUGGUUCUGCAUCAGAACUACCAAACGGGAUAGAAUGUAAUUGCAAGUGCCACUGAGGUGAGGCGGCCGGUGGUGGCAUAUGCAUCUAAUCUCAGCUCCAGGGAAGCGGAGGCAGGAGGAAUAUGAUUUGGGGGACAGUGCAGGCAAAAAUGUGAACAAACUAUUAUGUAAAAGGAUCAGGAAAUUUUGAAACUGGAAUUUGGAGAAAUGAUUAAUACAGUUGUUAAACAGUAGGUAAGGUAGGCCACCGUUUGAUAAUAGGCAUGGCUGGCCUCUGAGGGAGGCAGCUAAACAAUGGACUACCUAAUGCAGACUGCUGGCAAGUUUGCGAAGAGCAUGAUGACAAGCUCUUACCUCACUAAUACUCGAGGCCUAACCCUAAGAGUUAAUGAUUAGAGGAAAAGAUAAUUUAAAAGGUGAGGGGCUGUAGAAAAUUCUAGGUAUUUUUAUGACUUGGAGAAAUAUAUAUCAUAUGUAUAUAUAUAUCAUAUGUAUAUAAUGUAUAACACACAUACACAUAAAUAUAGUUUAGGACAUAGAAAAAUGCUGAUUAUAAAAGAAAAGAAUUGACAAAUUGAUACUGUUCGACACCAAGAGAUAUUGUAAAGAAAGUUUAGGAAAAGCCAGAGAGUCCCUAGGGAUGAAGCCAUUGUGGAGCACACAGACUCUCACUCAGAUUGACAACAGGGAGAAUCCGAUGGGAACUGGGUUGACCCAGCAGCUCCUUCCCAGCAGCAGCAGAGAUAGCAAUAUCCAGUGAUACCAUGAGCAGACUCACCGGCAUCUUCAGAGACCACAACCACCGGUGUCAGUGCCAACUGAGCAGGAGACAGGUAUUCACAGAGCCUGUGUGUGGUGUGCAGGGCUGGAACUUUGAAUCAUAUUGUCUAGAUUAGACACUGUAAAAACUCCACUUGCUAUAUCCCAUGACCCGGCAAGUCAGCUUGCAGGGAUGAGCUCUGGAGAAACUUGUAUCAUACUGAAGUGACAGUUCAAUAUAACGCUAUUCUUCAGAACAAAAGCCGGAAACGACAUGAAGGUUUCUCUUAACAGAUGAGAUUUUUAAAGAAAUAUGUAGUAUUCACACCAUGGGGACUUACUAUGAAGUGAAAUAAAUGAUGUGGCUACAUUCCUCAACAUGGCUGAAUCAGAGUGUGUUGAAUGAAGACCAUAAACUGCAGAGCCAUGCUGUAGACUAUUAGGAGGAAGUCAGCCAAGCAGUGCAUUGUUCCACAUGUGCAAUAAAAUGAUCUAAGAAGCAGUGACAUGAUAAACAAGACAGGUCCUGAGUAGGCUGGGAAGGGCAGCCUGUGGGGAUCGUGGGGAUUCAGUUGUUUGGGGCAGCACGUUGUUCUUUUGGCCCCAUAUAAAGUUCCUGCAGAUUUAACCGAGACAACUCUUUGGGGACAGUAGAUUCUUAAAUGUUUGUUUCUUUGUUUUAUUAUUUGGCUAAGUUGUAAAUAGAUUUUGAGUGUUUCAAAUAUAGCACAAAAGUCAGGCAGGGCUUUCAGGUCCCCUUGGAAGAUGAUUAUGGCAGUUUUAUAUCAAGAAGCUGGAAGUAGAGGGUGGGAGGGAACUUGCAGGUUGCAGGUAUGUUUGCUGGUAGAUUCACAGAUGUCUGGUUAUGCCAAACUCAUUAGGUUUUACACUGUUAAUAGCCUAUAAGCAUGUGUAGCUUAUGGCACUUAUAAAGCCAUUAGAAAACCAAAAGCUAAAAAGGGCUUGAAGCCAGACCCUUCCCCUGACACGUCUCUUCUGAGAAUGCCAGCUUCUUAUCUUGGGAGCCUGUAAACAGGCUAUUCUCGCUGCUCUAGGCAGUUUGUACCUCUCUCACGAGGACACACAGGUGUAUGUUGUCUCUUCCAGAUAAAUAAUGACUCCUCCAUAGCCCCAUCCCAAAAAAGUUAUGUUAUUUGCUAAGUGAAUCCUGUUUAUCAAGGGUUAUCAGAUACUGUCGUACCCAUGAGUUGUCUAGAGUAGAUACAGAUGGAAUCCAUUUUAAAGUGUGGGUUGAGACGGGUGAGAGGUUGAAGGUUGUGAUACACUGUGUGUUCCUUUGCCAUAAACAUGGUUUGUCCUCCCAGCCUGAGGGGCUGGACCAAGUCCCUGUGGGCUCUGUGUGUGCUUCCUGACAUGAAGUUAUUCUUGCAUGCUAGACGGUGUAUUGAGGCGCAGGUCUGCAAAGGACGAACAGCGCAGCAGCAAGAGGCCACGUCUGGAAACCCGCUCUGCAGGUCGGGCUACACUGCAGUAACCCACAUGCUUUCUUACACGACUGAGAAACUCGUACGAGGCUGAACUGUAACUAGCCACAGAGUGGUGUUACCUCUGAUCUUUUUAUUUCAGAUGUGUUGCUCAGCAUACAGUAUAUGAUCUUCCAAUAUACUAAAUGGAGUAGCAAUAGUUUGAGACCAGUGUAAGAACAGUACCUACUGGUAUUUAUCCAGAGGUGAUGCAGCCAGUUUGAGAAGGGAUCAUUCACAGGAGGCGAUCUUCUUUUGAUGGGUAGUUAUUUUGGAUUGCAAGGAUGACAAUUAAUAAACUGCUCCAGGGAAUACGAUGACCUGGCCAUCUUUUAAGACUCCGUGUAUAAAUAACCAAAAGGCUGCAUUACACUCAGUCCUUCUACCAGCCAGGACUUGCUGAAAUAGAUGGACUUAAAAGUUGCUGUGCCCAUUCUCCAUUUUACAUGAGUUGUGUAAGUGGCCUGCAGAUUUAGUUCAGUGGAGUAGUGUGUGCAAGCAUGUGCAAGGCCCUGAGUUCCCUCCUAAGCACCACAAAACAAAUAAAAUGUUAAUUUCACCUAAA